AUGAAUUCCGUAAAUUCGACUUGGAUGAAAAGACCGUGUGAUGUGUGCCCAUUGGUAAUGUUUCUAAAUUUGAUUAAAUUAUUUUACUAUUCAUAACUUAAAGAAAAUUACUAUGAAUAGGAAAUCUGUGACACAAAUGAAAUGCAAAUGAAAGCGACUUUUGAGAAUAACUAUCUCGAUCAUAUGAGAAAUUUGAGCAUGAAAUCAAACCUGUCAAAAAAUACUUUGACUACUUUAGCUUGUGGCGUUCGUAAGUAUAAAUAUAAAUAUAUAUAUAUUAUAUAUUUAAUUAAUCAAUUGUUUAUGGUUUUAAUUAUUAUUACUGCAGGAUCGAACAUAACCAAAGAUGUAAUAGAAGAACUCUGCGAGAGAGGCGUGUCAAUGGUUUUAUUUGAUUUUACCAAUUUGUCUUACGAUCAAAGUAGGACAAUGGUUUACGAGAUUCGUCAAGGAGUUUUUAAUUACAGUUUUAAGACCGACAGGGUUCCAUACUCUUUAUCUCUAGUACUAUGUCUUAAAGGAACGUCCAUCACGACAGGGAAAAUUUUGAACAAAAAAGUAAGUGACUAAGAAUAAUAGUAGGUACCUAUAAUAAUAAACUGUUCCACAAAGAUAAAUAGAACAUUUGUUUGGCCCAUGAAAUAUGAAUUGAAAACAAAAAAGGCCGGGGUGCUAAAAGCUAAAACUCAACAUUUAUAAACUAGCAGUUAUAGUAACUAGCUAAAAUACUCGGCUUCGUCCGUAUGUGUAAAAACAUGCUAUAUUACCUGUGACUUCGUCCGCGACGUCACCCGUAUACAGUUUACAUGUCUGUAGUCUAGUGAUUGUGUAUAUGCCGUACAGUUGUUUAGUCCAAAUUAAUGUACAAUCGCGAACCAUUUGACCUCCUCGGGAACAUCCCAUUUUGGUCCAUAAAAUCACCAACCUUCAACCCCCUCACCGUCAGGAAUCAUUUCAACGUUUCAUGGAACAUUAAUCAUUAACUAUUUACCCUACCCCUAAUUUUUCCAAUUGAAAUUAUUUCAACCUUUCUCGGAAACUCACUUUAAGAAUCUUAUUUUGGGUCCAAAAUCACCCACUUUACUAACCUUUCCUCUUCUUGGUGUCACUAUAAUAUUUUUGUCCAAAAUCGUUCAAUCUGAAUUACCAUAAUAUAACAUAGAAUUGAACUUGACAUCCAAUUUAACAUUUUAAAACUUUAGAAUGGUGUGAGUUUUAUCGGUUCCAAUACUAUUUACGCGUAUGCGUCCUAUGGAACCGUUUCCCGUAAUUCGAAUUACAAUAACAAUUGUUUAGUUUUUUAGUCAAUGGUAGUUUUGAGGUGAGGGGAGGUUUAUCCAUAUGUGUAAGGACGGUUACACUAAGUUUAUGCCCAUAAAAGCUAUCAUUUUUGAAAAAAAUUGGGGUCAACUUCCAACUCCUAUGUUGCCCUAUUUGGAAUUAAAUUUAAACAAAUCCUAAUACAUGUGUUUUUAUUUUCAACCAAAAUGUCAAAUACUAAUUUUUAUGAAUUUCACUUGAAAAUAGCAGAUUUUCAUACAAAUAUGCGUCCCCUAUUUUACCCUUAAAGAUGGAAUAUUAAAAAAAUUCAGGCUUAACAAAAAUGCUUGGAUAAUUAACACGUGGCUAUUAGCAUUAUACGUUGUAUUUUAUGGGAAAAAAAACAAUUGAACUUAAUCUGUUAGUAUUUUAAUUUAAAAUGUUGACGAAAAUUAUAAAAAUUAAGGCUUUUCAAAACACGUUUAACUUUAACCGAACUUUGCUCAGAAACGUAUUUUUAUCAAUUUAUCAUUGCGCAUGAAUAUAAAUUAAACGUACCAUGUGUCCUACCUUUCCAACUUCCCAUCUAAAACUGUGGUAUGCCCAUCAGUAGUUGCAGUAUCAGCUAUUUUUUUUAAUUUCUAUUUAGGGCAAUCUGCAGGAACAAAUGGUAGAACUACAGACCAAUGGUCAUGUUUAUGUGACAUACGAUCCUGAGUAUAAGGACAAGUGUACGGCAGACCGAAUUUACACGGACACUAAACAAAUUCUCCGGCUUAAAGAAAAUGAUCCGAUCUAUCUGGACGACGGAAAAAUCGAAUUAGCCGUAGAAAGAGUCGGUAAGUACCUAAUUAAGUAAUGUGUCUAUAGAUUUUCGUACUGAAAAUUGGGCACAAAUUAAUAAGUUAAUAGCAAUCGUAUUUCCAUUUACUGAUUUACUGGGUUUUUUUUCUCUUUGUCUCGGGAAACUCAUUUUGAGCCAUUACCAAAGAGGUGGUAUUUGAGGAAAACUUUAUUUUUUUUUUCUAGAAACAAACGAGGUAUAUUGCUUAAUCAAACGUGGAGAGUUUUUGGGAUCGGAAAAAACUGUGCACAUACCGGGAAUACCAAUCGGCAUGACGGCACUAACCGAACAAGACGAGGAAGACGUCCGUAUCGGGAUCCAACUCAAAGUCGAUGUGAUUUUGGUUCCCGGUGUCAGAAACGCACCGUAUUUCACUUAUGUCAAAAAUUUCGUCUGUAAGUGUCCCGAACAUGCUUAAUGUUGGUUAUUUCAUAGGUAAAUAUAACAUAACGUUUCGUUUAAAGGCCAAGAGAAGGGCAAGGACAUCGAACUGUACGCGAAAAUUGACAACAGUGUAGGAUUCGAGAACGUCGACCAAAUCAUACCGAUUGCUGACGGUAUAUUCUUAGAUCGGCCCAAUUUGUCCAUGGAAAUUGGCACCGAUUGUAUAUUUCUAGCACAAAAGAAUGUCUUGUCCAAGUGUAACAUAGUGAGUCUCUUCUGUAUUAACGUGUAAUAGCAAGUGGCCCGAUCACCAGGAAAAACCAUAGGCAUAUGGUGGUGGGUUUCACUAUAGUUAAUCAAUAAAAAGUUCUUGAAAUAUAAUUAUUAUAGGCCUGUGAUUUUCAUAUGAUGUAAUUUCCAGUAUUUAGGUUAUCUGUCUGUAAGUGUUUUAAGUGCGAUAUCGACUAAUUUGAUAAAUCUUUUUAUUUAUUUAGAAUUUAUUGACAAAUUUAGGUCAUUAUAUUUUAAUACCGUCAAAUAGUGUUGAACAUAUGAAAGAAAAUUGUUUUCUUCAAAAUAAAUAAGAAAAACUUUUUUAACGAACUUUUAAGUCAUUUCUGAGCUUUUUGUUUGCAAUUUAUAUAAGCCUAACUUUAAUUUAUAUUGUAACGAAGUAAUUUUACAGGGAUUUUUGCAUGUAGGUAAUUAAAUAAAUGAUCAAAAUAAUAAUAUAGGAUUUGUUCAAUUUUUUUUGUUACUUGCGCAGAUCGGAAAGCCAAUCGUUACUCACGGUAAAUUUUUGAAUUCCAUGGAAUACAAUUCGGUGCCGUCGAGCUCUGAAAUAAACGAUAUUAUAACCGCGGUACUGGACGGGACCGAUUGCAUUUACCUGGAAGUGACGACACGGGCCACCCACAAAGCCCACUGUAUCGAAUACGCGUCGACAGUAUGUCGACAGGGUGAAGCUGCCAUAUGGGAACAGCAGGUGUUUUCCGACUUGAAAAAUAAGGUAUACGCGAAUAAAAUUGUUUGUGACGCGAUUGUAGAGAACAAAAUUUUUUUUCUUAUACUACCGACCUGUAUUGAUCAUAAUAAUAUAGGCUAAACCGAAAAUCGAUCCGACUCACGCGAUAUGCAUCGGGUGCGUGGAAGUGUCAUUAAAGUGUCACACGGCCGCGAUCAUAGUGAUCACCACGUCCGGAUUGUCCGCCAAAAUCGUCGCCAGGUACCGGCCCAGGUGUCCAGUACUGGCCAUUAUUAAAAACGGAAAGGCUGCCAGAAAGAUCACCGUGUGGCGCAAUCUUACGGCGGUGCACUAUAUAGGUAAAUCAAAUGAUUAUAUUAGUAAUCCUCACGGACAAUGGAUAGAGAUAUAAGCAAUACAACGUGUCGCAAACAUAAUAUAAAGAAGACAUUUCAUUCUGUACAUGCGCAAAGUACUGUUAUCAGGCUUAUCACAAGUUUUAUGAUAAUAAAAGUUUAUCUAUGGCUUUUUGGCGGGUUACACCAAAACACGAAGUUUAAUGAUAAAGUAAAAAGAAACGUUUAUUUACGACAUAACAACAUUAAACAAGUGCUCGCCAGUUGACUGCUUGUGGUACGAGAACAGGCGAGCACGCAUUUAUUAAAACAACAUUAGUGGUCAAAAUCAAUUAUACAUAAUGAUGGUUCGGAGUCGGAAAACAAUGUUUCGCGAGAGGCGCCGGUGCGAAGAGAGCGAGCGAAGCGGUCGAGAUGUCGAGUUGAGCGGAGCUAUAGCCGAUGACUAUUGAACGCCGACGGCGAGGGGAGAGGCCGACGUCCGCCACGAGUGACGCCAGCGGGAAGAAAAAAAUGUGGCGCGAAACCCGCCACAGCUUUUAAUAAAUAAAAUUAUAAAAAGUUUUCACAAGUAUAAGUAAAUAAUAAAAAUUAUAGAACAGUGGAUAACGCCUAAAAAAAAGAAAAAGAAAAGAAGAAAGUAUACGCAGUAGCCAUUAAUCACUAACUAGUAGUGCCAGUAGCUCCCUUGAUAUGUUUGCCGUAUGCCUGUAUACCUGUAUAGCUACAUAGUGCAUACCCGUUUUACAUGAGGUAUUGCCGUUUAUCCAUUGUAUAAUAUGAUUGAAUAGAUCAUAUUCAACAUAGGAUUACUAUGUCGAAUACACACAAAAAAAAGGAACGAGGAACCUAUUCUUACCUGGUAUAUACAUAUAUUAGGUAUAACCCACCUAAAUACGUCACUAGACUUAUUUUCGUCUGAGGGACAUAAAUAUACAAUAGCUUGAGUUUUAAGUUAAGUAAUGUACAUUUAACAUAUUUUUUUAUAUUUAUCAGUUGCAUUAGUGAUGGCAAUAUUUUAACAUCAAUUCGUACAUUUUUGCAGAACCAAUAGAAACCAUUUGGGAGAAAGACAUUGAAAACCGUACAAAGUUCGCAAUGGACUUGGGCAAGAAAAGGGGCAUCCUGAAUCAAGGCGAUUUAGUAUUGCAUAUGAGCUGUUCCAAACAAAAUGCGGGUUUCACCAACACGAUGCGACUGUUCUACGUUGGAACCGAAGACUUGAUUGAAGAUCAAUGA